AUGUACAUCGCUCCUGUGAUACCAUCAAGUCCAGGUGCAUUGUAUUUAUCUUAUAGAGAAGCUGAAUAUCGAAAACAUCCUGUGCAAGAUUGUUGCGUUGACAAGAUGUUGGUCAGUUUCUUUAGACAAAGAAUGCACUGCGUCGCCACCAUCCUCGAAGGUAAUGAUGAGACCAGAAAAUAA